GGCACCGUUACGCACACGGGUCACGUGACCCUCGGAAGCCGCCAAAGAUCGCUGGAGUCAGCGCUGUUUCCUGUAGGUGAAGGUUACAGGGCUCCAGGGUCCGAGCCAGCGUCGGAAGCAGCAUCCUGAUGCGACUUUGACCUCGACCCGUGGCCCGGGGUCGAAGGUCACAGGCUCAGGCUACCGGCGCGCGAGGAGGCGUGGCUCGAGCCGCGAGGGUCCUGCCGCUCUCCCGGUGCUGCCUCAUGGAGACCCCAGCCGGGAGCUUCGUGCCCCCCUUGCUGCUGCUGGCCUGCGCGACGCUGGUGGCCGCCCUGCUGGGCGCCGCGCACCGCCUGGGGCUCUUCUAUCAGCUGCUGCACAAGGUGGACAAGGCCAGCACCCGGCAUGGCGGGGAGAACGUGGCGGCCGUGCUGCGGGCCCAUGGCGUGCGCUUCCUCUUCACGCUGGUGGGCGGGCACAUCUCGCCGCUGCUGGUGGCCUGUGAGAAGCUGGGCAUCCGUGUGGUGGACACACGUCACGAGGUCACGGCUGUCUUUGCGGCUGACGCCGUGGCCCGCCUCAUGGGCACGGUGGGCGUGGCGGCAGUGACAGCGGGGCCUGGACUCACCAACACAGUGACGGCGGUGAAGAAUGCACAGAUAGCCCAGUCGCCGGUCCUGCUCCUGGGUGGCGCUGCCGGCACCCUGCUGCAGAAACGGGGUGCGCUCCAAGCCAUUGAUCAGCUGUCCCUGUUCCGGCCACUGUGCAAGUUCUGUGCCUCCGUGCGCAGGGUGCGGGACAUCGUGCCCACCCUGAGGGCUGCCAUAGCCGCCGCCCAGUCGGGCACCCCAGGCCCCGUGUUUGUGGAGCUGCCCAUUGACGUGCUGUAUCCAUACUUCAUGGUUCAGAAGGAGAUGGUGCCAGCCAAGCCACCCAAGGGCCUGGUAGCCCGGGGGGUCUCCUGGCAGAGUGGACAGGGAGAAAGGUCUUCCUUUACCGUUGGUUUACCCUCCAAUGGCUGGCACGCUGAUCUGAAGCCAGGAGCCAGGUACCUAGAGAAUCACCUGGCCAACCUCUUCGCGGGGGCCUGGGAGCCACAGCCUGAGGGACCCCUGCCCCUGGACAUUCCCCAGGCAUCCCCCCAGCAGGUUCAGCGUUGUGUGGAGAUCUUGAGCCGGGCCAAGAGGCCCCUGCUGGUGCUCGGGAGCCAGGCUCUGCUGCCCCCGACGCCCGCUGACAAGCUCCGGGCUGCCGUGGAGACCCUGGGCGUCCCCUGCUUCCUGGGGGGGAUGGCCCGGGGGCUGCUGGGCCGCAACCACCCCCUGCACAUCCGGCAGAACCGGGGCGCUGCCCUGAAGAAGGCAGAUGUUGUCAUUCUGGCAGGAAUCGUGUGUGACUUCCGUCUGUCCUACGGCCGCGUCCUGAGCCGCAACAGUAAGAUCAUUAUCGCCAACCGCAACCGGGAGGAGAUGCUACUCAACUCCGACAUCUUCUGGAAGCCACUGGAGGCCGUGCAGGGAGACGUGGGCUCCUUCGUGCUGAAGCUGGUGGGCGGCCUUCAGGGCCAGACGUGGGCCCCAGACUGGGCGGAGGAGCUGCGGGAAGCUGACCGCCUCAAGGAGCAGGCUUUCCGGGAGAAGGCAGCGAUGGCCGUAGCCCAGCACCUGAACCCCGUGCAGGUGCUGCAGCUGGUGGAUGAGGCUCUGCCCGACAACUCCAUCCUGGUGGUGGACGGCGGGGACUUUGUGGGCACUGCUGCCCACCUGGUACAGCCCCGGGGCCCCCUGCGCUGGCUCGAUCCUGGGGCCUUUGGGACUCUGGGAGUUGGUGCAGGAUUUGCACUGGGCGCCAAGCUGUGCCGGCCGGAUGCCGAGGUGUGGUGCCUGUUUGGGGAUGGUGCCUUUGGCUACAGCCUCAUCGAGUUUGACACAUUCGUUAGACACAAGGUCCCAGUGGUGGCCUUGAUAGGGAAUGACGCAGGCUGGACCCAGAUCUCUCGGGAGCAGGUGCCCAGUCUGGGCAGCAACGUGGCCUGUGGCCUGGCUUACACUGAUUAUCAUAAGGCAGCUAUGGGGCUGGGGGCCCGGGGCUUGCUGCUGUCUCGCGACCACGAGGAGCAGGUGGCCAGCGUGCUCCGUGACGCCCAGGAGCAGUGCCGGGAUGGCCACCCAGUGGUGGUGAACAUUCUCAUUGGGCGGACGGACUUCCGGGACGGCUCCAUUGCUGUCUGAGGCAUGCUGAGUGGACAAAACCACUUCUUGACCCGCGAGGGGGCCCAAAGGACCCGAUUCUGGAACCUGUGCAUAUCAAUUUAUUGUCCACAAAGACGG